UGUGUAACAAGUAAUUAGACAAUCACGUGGUUCCAGGUUAGUAAGGUCAUUCGAAAGCCGCGUCUUAGUUCUAAGAAGGCAGCUGGUCCGGCUGCGUCUGGUUUAUGGGUUUAUAGCUUCAUAGCUUCAUACAAUUCUAACCCUUCGAGGCUCGACAGGUUCGGCGACGACGACGACGACAACUCCCUCUAUAUUCCGCGAGCCCAUUGAUUUAAUUUUAUCUUUUCCUCCAGCCCGUCCCUAUACACAUUCCGAUCAAUCAUAUAUCCAUCAUGGCGGAAUCAGAAAUAGCGCCCAAGUUUGCCCCCUUCUUCGGCAUGGCCGGUAUUGCAUCCGCCAUGAUCUUUGGAUGCGUCGGGGCAGCAUACGGGACGGCGAAAUCGGGCAUUGGUAUCUCGGGCGUGGGUACCUUUAGGCCAGACCUGAUCAUGAAGUGCCUGAUUCCCGUCGUCAUGUCCGGAAUUAUCGCAGUUUACUCCCUCGUCAUCGCCGUCUUAAUCGCCGGAGACAUGGAUCCGCCGUCGCGACAAAGCUACAGCUUAUUUACGGGAUUUAUGCAUCUGGGAUGUGGACUCGCGGUCGGAUUCACGGGCUUAGCCGCUGGGUACUGUAUCGGGGUUGUUGGCGACAAGGGUGUCCGCGCGUACAUGGAGCAGUCGAGGAUAUUUGUCGGCAUGGUCCUGAUUCUUAUUUUUGGCGAAGUUCUGGGUCUCUAUGGUCUCAUCGUUGCCCUUAUCCUCAACACUAAGAGCAAGGGCUAAAUCAUACGGACUCGAACUCGAACUCGAACAAACCAUAUUUCACAAUGGCCACUAAGUGUUCACACAUAAAGAGGCACUAACCAACUAUCAGUCUAUAAGGAUAAAGUGUAAUCAGUAGCUACAUGGUCGAUGGCGUUUUUACGGGUAUGUAGAACUAAGGGGGUAUCCAUUAGAAUCGUUGACGGCUGGCAGGUCCGUAUUUGGUCAAAUAUACGACCAAGGCCUCCAUUGAUGAAUAAGAUAUUUUGAACUACAAGGCAGGAUUGCUUUCAUCAUAAACAGGGUCCUUCGAAUUCGUGUUAAAAUUGAUGCUAAAUAGGAGUCGGCUAGCUACUACAAAGCCUAAAGGAAUGCGGAAAGAAAUGAAGAAUCAAUACCCUCACGACAUAUCUCAUGACCUCAUCCAUUCAU